GUGGAAGCUCCGGUGCACCUCGAAUGUUUAACCUGCGCUUCCCACGUUGAUUUCCACGGCGAGUGCUGUUAUCACAACAUCAGAGCUGUGACGCGGAAAGUUCCCCUCGGAGAGUCCUCGUGUGUGUGUGUUUGCGUGCGUGCGUGAGUGCGUGCGUGCGUGUGUGUGUGUGUGCGUGAGUGUGUGUGUGUGUGUGUGUGUCUCAGCCUGCCUAAUAGAGUGACCCCCAGCACGCUGUUUAAAGGGAAGACAAGAGAGCUGAGUCAACGAAUCGCAAGGAGAAGGAUGCAACAGUUGAUGUGCGCGAGUUGCACAGUUUUCUGGUGUUUGGAGACGGCGCGCGCACACGGAGGACGGUGGCUUUGAUGUGUGUGUGGAGGAAGGAGCGGAUGUUUUGCUGCUUUAUAACCAUCAUCUGUCAGAUUAAAUCAAUCAGAAAGAUCGGCGCGUCCUUAAAAAAGCAGCUGUAGCGUGUCCACUUUCUCGCCGAAAUGGACAUUUGGACGGGCAUGCAUUUGGAGGGACUUGACGCGCUGCUGGAAUGGAGUUGAAGUGGGGGUUUCGGAUGGUCUGCGGCGGAGGCGAGGAGUAGCAGCAGUGCAGUCUGCAGCAACAUGCAUCGGAUCCUGCAGAGGAGGCGAGUGCGCAAGCUGCGGGUCGUCUGGGCGUCUCUGGCCCUGGUGGCGCUGUCCCUGGCCGCGUGCAGCGCGCUGUUUACGGCGUGGACUUGGCGGCAGACGCGGGACCUGUCGCAGUCCUUUAAAGUCCUGCAAGACCGACUGGAGCAGGUCAACACGCAGAGGAAAGCCAUCGUGCAGCUCAUUCUGGAGAAGCGAGAGCUGCUUGUGGGCCAAAGAGUGAAAAGAGACGGGGGGACGGCGCGAGGGAGGAAUGGAAACGGAAAGAAAGCAGCGUCUCAUUUCGAGAUUACCAAAGUCUCCUCUCAACAAGUUGGAGAGGGGGGUGUGAUAAAAGGUUGGGAGGAGAGGAUGUUGAAUAUGAGUAAAGCGGUGAGGUACAACAAGGAACAAGGCACCUUCACAGUGGAGAAAGCGGGGGUCUACUUCCUGUUUUGCCAGGUGUUGUUCAAUGAGCAGCAGUCUCAGUAUGUGAAGCUGGAUGUGGUGACCAGUGGACAGAGGCCUCAGAAGCUGCAGUGCAUGGAGGGAUACGGGACGACCCCCUCCGCCGGACCGCACCCUUUCCACUUCCUGAAGCCGUGCCAGGUGUCCGGCCUGCUGCGACUGGAUAGAGGCACAGAGCUGCAGGCCAUCACAGGCUCGUCCUUCAGACUCCAUACUGUGGGAAAUCCUUCAGCCUCCCCUCACAUCUUCAGCAUCUUUAAAGUUAACUGAAGCUUUUAGUCUCAUCCGGGACCAAAAAACUAACUUUUUACGCAGAUGACAUUCUUUUCUAUGUGGUAAAACACUCAUAAGCAAUGGGGACAUAAAAUCGUGCCACAGCCUCUUCCCAAAGACGUUAAUUUGAAAGACAGACCCAACAUUUGUGGAAGUUGUUGUGGAAUUUUUCUCCGGACAGCUGUGCUGUUUUGGACUGGAGAAAAACAGACUUCUGGAUUAAAACCAAGUCACAAAGUGGAAAAAAAAAAUGCCUUUAUGAACGUCUGCAGAGAACAGAUGAUGGCUGGAAGCUGUUCUACAGAUAAAGACACUCUUGUAAAAAGAAAAUAGCCUUCUUAUCAAGUCAUAAAACGUGCUUACACUCUCUUUAUAAGACUGAUAGUAAAGUUGCACUUUCCACUUUUUAUAUCACCACAGCCUCAAGAAGCUCAAAGCUUCUGCAAGCGUCAGAUCCAGACACUAUUAACAGCCUACAUGAGUUGUCAGUGAUAUUUUAUACAGUGCAGCGUCUGUGUGUUUGAAUCAAGCAUUUUUUGUAUACUGAUUUUAUGAUCUCCACCUUACCAGUAAUGUGUGUGUGUGAGUGUGUGUUAUGUGUGUGUGUUCUGUGUGUGUCAAAGAAGUGUGACAUUACUCUAAGCCUUUUUCUGAAAGUACUCCCUAUGUGUAAGUUUGGAGUAAAGAAUGGGUAUAUUUUUAAAAACACGGAUGUGAAUUUGUGCUCUUUUGCUUGAAAUUUGAUUGUAAGGUAUUGCAUUGUAUAUUGUGUGCUUUAAUGAUGGAAAUUUGUUAUAGUCAGCAAAGCACACAUCUUUAAUUAUAGCUUUGUCUCUUUUUUCUGCCUUUGAUAGGCUAUAUGUUUUAUGGCCAAUAAUCACAAUCAGCAAAUUGUCUUGUAAAUAAUGAAAACAUUGUUCUUAUGCCCUUCAAAUGCUCUCAUAAGCUCUAGUGUGAAUUUAAAUUGAUUUUGAUUUUAAACUUGGAAAAAGUUGCUAACUGAUCCAAAGGAAUAGUCACAGUUCUAGUGUAGUAAGACCAAGCUUUAUAACAGUCCAUAGAAAAAAAGCCAACAUGUUGUUCAUUUAGCUGCAGUCUAACAUGUUAAUUAAAAGUUAAACAAAUAUUUUACUCAGUAGGACAAUGUUAAAACCAUGAGCUCUCUAAGGCUGAGUUGAACCCAUUGCUGCUUAAUACUAAAUGCUAAUGUCAACAACCUAGCAUGAUCACAAAUCCAACAUGGUUUGUAAGGUUUGUUCCCCAGGUUAACAGUUUACAACUAUACUACCUCUCUGAGGUUGCAAUGAAGCCAAGGACUGCUUUGAGCUUAAUGCUAAUGUAAGCAAGCUAGCAUGACCGCAAAGCUAGCAUGCUAAUUUUUGCAGGUAAACUGUUAACCUGGCUAAUCUUUUAAAGGCAUUUUAGCCAAUCAACCAUAAACACCUAUACCUGAGGGUGGUGAGAUUGAUAUAAAGUAAUAAACAAAUUACAUUUACAGAAGUUUGAAAGAAAAAACCUUUCAAAUGAUUGGGAAAUGAAAGGCAAGCUAACUGGGAUUGCUUCAGUGAAUUACAUGCAUGUCUGAAAGUUUUUUUUGUCAAACAACAUUAAAAUAUUUUAGUGUCAAAGUGCUAAACUGAUUAAUCAGUUUAGCACUUUGCUAUGCCAGGGGACAUUGUUUGCUCGGUUUAAAAAUAACUAAGGAAUCCCAAUUUUUACCUUUGAUUUUUUAAAUCAGAUCGUUUAGUAGAUCUUAUGUGAAUAAUUUGUCCAAACCAACAACUUAUCUGAAAUAAUAUGGAAAGAAUAAAACUCCCAAUUUCUCUACUAUGUAAUGGUUACAUCUUGGAUUGAAGAUUGUUGCAUCUUUAAUUUUUAUGAUAUUUUGGAAACUCCUGUCAUUCUCUUGUAUUUUGUUGCUUCUGCUUUCUGUAAUAUUCUCCGCUACAAUGCAAACGUGUAUAUUUCUAGCAGUGGGUUAUGCACGCCCACUCUUGUUUAUAAGUAGUUUUUGUGGACGGACCACAUUGGUUUUCAGCUCAGCACUUUACUGAAGUGAACGUUGUGUUUUUAAUUGGAGCCAAACCUUCAUGUUUUCAGAUGAAAAAAAGUACGAUUUUGAAGUUUAGACGUUUCCUCAUCGUUUUCCUCUUCCCAUUUGGUGCCCUUCUUGCUCACACACCAACCCCACACCCCCAUGCACCCCAAAUACCAGUGUCAGCACCGAUCAUACUGCACACCCACAUACACACACUCACUCUCCUGAGUGUCCUCUGCAUGCACAGGCACACACCAGCAGACAUCUAAAUGUUCACUUCCUGAAUCUGAACCUAAACCACACAGCUGAAGGCCUUUGAGGAAAAACAUGCCUUGUCCCUCCACAUACACACACAAGCACACACACACAAAUACACACAUAGUCUUGCACACUUCCCUGCCCUGAUUCCUAUUUUUGUCAAAGUUUGUUAACACUUUGGAAAUUUGUGUGAAGCAUUGUGAAGUAGUUCUCUUAAAAAUGAUGAUGUAUGCAAUGGGUGGACAUUUCUUAUAUUCAUUUCCUCUCAUCCUGCUUCUCUUAAUGUUAAAUAAAAGUUAUUGGUUGGUUUUUUGAAAAA